AUGGGCUCAACAAACUCAACCCCCCAAUCUCCUCCUUAUAAUUCCAUCUCCCCAUCUCCAACGGAAACCCAACGAAUCCUUCUUGAAAAGAUUCGAAAUUUGGAGAUGAAGGAUGAUUAUGAUUAUGUUUGUGUGGAUGAGAAGGGUUGUAUCUCUCAAACCUCGCAAGCCCAGUCUAUGACCUCGCAAGCUCAGGGGACCUCGCAGGCUCGGUCUUCCCGUGCACAGUGGAUUCCUUUAAGUGCGGCGCGGGUGGAGAAAUGGGAAGAGGAACUUUUGAGUGAUCCGAAGAAUAGACUCGCUCUCAGUGCUCUCAGCUCUGCAGAUCCACGAACUGUCUUAACAUCCCGCUCAACAAUCAAUCAAGAUCAACAAAUUUUCUCAGUUAAAAUUCCAUUUGAAGGAGCACCAAUUACAAAUCAAAGACAAUCUGGAAGAUGUUGGUUAUUUGCUUCUACCAAUGUUUUCCGAGUUGCAAUCAUGAAACGACAUAAUCUUAAAGAAUUUGAAUUAUCACAAGCAUAUUUAUUCUUUUGGGAUAAAUUAGAAAAGGCAAAUUGGUUUUUAGAACAGAUUCUUGAUACAGUUGGAGAGGAUUUAGAUGGAAGAUUGGUGCAGAACUUAAUGGGAAGUCCAGUUAGUGAUGGAGGACAGUGGGAUAUGGUUUACAAUCUUGUCCAUAAAUAUGGACUCGUACCACAAGUUCUCUAUCCAGAUAGCUUCAAUGCUCAAUCAUCCUCUGUGAUUGAUAGUAUCAUCACAACCAAACUUCGAGAAGAUGCUCUUAAAUUAAGAGCUGCUGCUGCCUCAAAGUCUCCAAAUAUCUUGAACAAUAUGAAGGAGAAUAUGGUUCGCCAAAUUCAUCUCAUUCUUACUCUCGCUCUUGGUCCACCUCCUCCAUCUGAUACUGCUUUUACAUGGCAAUAUCUAGAUAAAGAUGGUAAAGCUCAAGAAUUAAAAACUACUCCUAUCGAAUUCGCCAAGGAAUUAAAUUCUCCAAAAUCAAUUCGAAUCACAAAUUCUACCGUCCAUGAUAUGUUUUCUCUAGUCAACGAUCCAAGAAAUGAAUACAAUACCCUCCUCACGGUUGAUCGUCUCGGUAACAUCGUAGGUGGUCGUCCCAUCACCUAUGUCAAUGUUGACAUGACCACCAUGAAAACCGCCUGCAUCUCCAUGUUAAAAGUCGGACUUCCAAUCUUCUUCGGAUCCGACGUAGGAAAAUACAGCAAUUCCCAAAAAGGAAUCAUGGACGUCAACCUCAUCGAUUACGAAUUAGGAUUUAAUGUUAAACUUGGCAUGACGAAAGCACAACGUCUCAUGACGGGAGAAAGCGCAAUGACUCAUGCGAUGGUUCUUACGGCGGUGCAUCUGGAUGACCAGGGAAAGAGUGUAAGGUGGAGAGUGCAGAAUAGUUGGGGUGAGGGUGCGGGUGAUCAUGGUUGGUUUGUUAUGAGUGAUGAGUGGAUGGAUCAGUUUGUUUAUCAGGCGGUGGUGGAACCGAGGUUUGUGGCGAAGGAGGUUAGGGAUGUUUUGGGCUUGGAACCGAAGGUUUUGAGUCUUUGGGAUCCGAUGGGUGCUUUGGCUUAG